AUGAUGUACAACAACAACAAAAAGGCAAUUUUGUUAUUGUCAACGAUCGUUUUGGUGUUGGUGUCUUUAACUCAACAAGUUCAAGGUGGUGGUCCAAGAAAUAUUUGGUUCCAUUGUAUGAUGACUAAAGAUUGUAAAGUUGCAGUUGGAAUGUGGACUAGCAAAGAUGAUUAUAAUUAUGGAAUUAGUAUUCUUAAACCUGGAUGGAGAUAUGGAUGGUAUAGAGAGUUUCAAGAGUUAAGAGGUGGAUAUCUAGCUGACAAAGUACCAAUGUCAAUUCUUAACCCAUACUCUGAAAACUAUGACAAGAUAAUUGACAAUGAUGGUGAUCAUUUUACCGAAACUUUUCCAUGUGACUAUAUCAAUCUUAUUACAGAUUCUUACACCUAUGUCGAUUUCUAUGAUGGCUAUUACAGAAUUUACAAUAAGGGAAGUACUGUAAACUUUAAAGAAUCAAUAGUCUUCUAUCCUACUGCCAAUGUCACAACUUCUUGUGCUAGAUAG